AUGGCCGACGCGAUACCUGCCAAGCUCAAGCCGCUGCAGCUGGCGCCGUUUGCCAAACGCGCGGCGCAGCUCGAGCGCUUCAGACCCAUUGUGACCUACUGGCUACGCUUCCACACGGUGCAAAAGAUCAUCGGCGCCGGGCUGCACUCGGCCGACGCAGCAUGCACCGCCUACACGACCGACCUGAUGGAGAGGCUCGAGCAGACCAAGGCCGACAUGCCUGGCGAGGACGCGCUGCUCGACGACGUGGCUGCCAGCGCCUACUGCGAGCAGUUUGCCUUGCAGACGUUUGCGAGGGGCGAAAGGGACAUGGCCGAGAACAGCGUCACGCCCACCACCGCCGACACCCUCCUUGCCGCCUCCACCUUUCUCGACAUGCUCACCAUCUGGAAGAAGGACGAUGUCGAGCUGGCCUCCAAGACAAAGUACGCAAAGUACCACGCCCUGCGCAUACUCAAGGCCAUCAAGGCUGGCCAAGACCCCAACGCCACGAACCCCGUGCACGAGCAGGAGCACCAGCCGCCCUCGCCGCCGCUGCUGGACCCAGCCGACCCUGAGGUGCAGCGCAUCAACCAGGGCACACCGCACCCGCCCUCGGCCAACCCAUACCAGCCAUACGUCGAGACAGCACCCAGCACGCACGCACAGCCCUCGCCGACGCUCUCUGGUCCCGCCUUGUCGCCGCCGCCUGCCCUGCCAACGGUGCCUUCUGGGUACGCAUCACACACGCAUGACGACGUGUCUCCCAUCUCCCAGCCGGCAACCUCUCGCCAGGGCUCUGUCGUCUCAGUGGGCGGCGGAUACUUCCCCAGGACAGAAGCACCGCCCACCUUCACAUCAGACAACACAGCCCCUGGCCUGCCCACGGCACCUUCGACCGAAGACGAUCCCUUGACCUCCUCCCUGGGCAACCUGGCUGACGCGUCCGGGGUGACACCACAGCCUUCUGGAGCCUCUGAUCCUUUGAGCUUUUACCAAAAUCCUGCCUCGCCUCCUCCAGUGGCGCAGCCACCACAGCAAGCGUCUCCGCUCAACCCAUAUGCAUCUCCACUUGCUCAGCAGCCACAGCAGCCACAGCAGCCACAGCAGCACUUCUCUGCGCCCCCGCCUCAACCUCCCCAACAGUCGUACCACAUGCCGCAGACCACUGCCCCCUCGCAGCAGUACUCUGCGCCACGUCAGAAUCCCUAUGCGCAGCCAGCAGCGCCACCGCCACCGCCAGCUUCAUCGCAGGGACCCUUCAGAGACGACGAGGAGUCGAUCAGGCAAGCACAAAAACAUGCAAAGUGGGCCAUCUCGGCGCUGAAUUUUGACGAUUCGGCGACCGCCGUCAAAGAGCUGCGCAUUGCGCUGCAAGCCUUGGGCGCACACUGA